GGUCUGUCCCAAACACGGGAGGUGCAACUAGUCCUAUUUGUUAUAUUUUUAUCCUUUUAUUUGUUCAUUCUUCCAGGGAAUAUCCUUAUCAUUUGCACCAUCAGGCUUGACCCCCAUCUGACUUCUCCCAUGUAUUUCCUGUUGGCUAAUCUGGCCUUUCUUGAUAUUUGGUACUCCUCCAUCACAGCCCCUAAAAUGCUGGUAGACUUCUUUGUGGAGAGGAAGAUAAUUUCCUUUGAAAGAUGCAUCGCACAGCUUUUCUUCUUGCACUUUGUUGGGGCUUCAGAGAUGUUCCUGCUCACAGUGAUGGCCUUUGACCGUUAUGCUGCUAUCUGCCGCCCCCUCCACUAUACUAUCAUCAUGAAUCGACGUCUCUGCUGUAUCCUGGUGGCUAUCUCCUGGACAGGGGGCUUCAUUCAUUCUAUUAUACAGGUGGCUCUCAUUGUUCGACUCCCCUUCUGUGGCCCCAAUGAGUUAGACAGUUACUUCUGUGACAUCACACAGGUUGUCCGGAUUGCCUGUGCCAACACCUUCCCGGAAGAGCUAGUAAUGAUCUUUAGUAGUGGUUUGAUCUCCGUGGUGUGCUUCAUUGCUCUAUUAAUGUCCUAUGCCUUCCUUCUGGCCAUGCUCAAGAAACACUCAGGCUCAGGUGAGAGUACCAACAGGGCCAUGUCCACCUGCUACUCCCAUAUCACCAUUGUGGUGCUAAUGUUUGGACCAUCCAUCUACAUUUAUGCUCGGCCAUUUGACUCUUUUUCGCUAGAUAAAGUGGUGUCUGUGUUCCAUACUGUAAUAUUCCCUUUACUUAAUCCUAUUAUCUACACAUUGCGAAACAAGGAAGUAAAGACAGCCAUGAGGAAGUUGGUCAACAGGUAUAUUUUACGUAAAGAGAAGUGA